ACACAAGCAUAGGGGAGGCGUUUAUGUACAACCGUCAAGGCGGGUCUACGCUGUACUGAAUUUUCUGUUCUCCAUUUGAGGACUGGUCUCAGUGGGUGGAAGGUGCAAAACCACAGCAAAAUGGCUGAUCAACUUACAGAAGAGCAGAUUGCAGAAUUCAAAGAGGCUUUCUCGCUAUUUGACAAGGAUGGAGAUGGCACCAUCACCACUAAAGAGCUUGGUACAGUGAUGCGUUCUCUUGGCCAGAACCCAACAGAGGCAGAGCUUCAGGACAUGAUCAAUGAAGUGGAUGCAGAUGGUAAUGGAACAAUAGACUUUCCAGAGUUCUUGACCAUGAUGGCAAGAAAGAUGAAAGAUACAGACAGUGAGGAGGAGAUCAGGGAAGCUUUUCGUGUCUUUGACAAGGAUGGAAAUGGAUACAUCAGUGCUGCUGAGCUGCGUCAUGUGAUGACAAACUUGGGGGAGAAAUUAACAGAUGAGGAAGUAGAUGAAAUGAUCAGAGAAGCUGACAUUGAUGGUGAUGGCCAAGUCAAUUAUGAAGAAUUUGUACAGAUGAUGACGGCGAAGUAAAGGCCUUGUACAGAAUUUCUUGUAUAAAAUUUGCCUUUUCUUUGUAACUUCUGUAAAAUGUUUCAUUUUAAUUCUAUCCAUCUUCUGCUGUCCAAAGGAACUGCAUGGGUUUUUUUUUUUUCUUUUUCUUUUUUUUCCCCCUCCUGUCAUUAACAUCUUUUUGAUCUGAGCAGUCGCAGGACCAGGUAAUGGGUAUAGGCGCACAUGUUGGCUGGCACGUUCUUCUCGUGCUUUUUGCUGUAUGCCUGCCUGCUACCUGUUGAGUGAAGAUAUUGAGGGUCCAGCUGACUUUUUUUUUUUUUUUUUUUUUUUUUUUCCCCCUUAUUUUUGUUCUUUUUGAUUUAUGUGGAGGAGCUACUCUGCAUGGACAACGGACUAAGUAUGUGUAUAUACACGUGUGGAAAAAGAUCAACAUUGCACUAUUGCAACAUCGGUGAAUGAAAUACUAACGGGUUUAUCAGCAGGUACUCGUACACUAGUCUUUUUGUAUUUGUUCUGUUCUCCAGGUUAUUACUAUGCUUUAUAAUUAGUCACGUUUUCUUUUUUAACUGCUUAUGGCAUAGCCAUGCCUCAAAGAAUCCAUUCCAAGUUGUAUAUUUGUUUUCCAAUAAAAUUAACAUUUUAUCCCAAAAA